AUGCCCAAAUUCAAAGAAGUACCAACUCUAAAAUCCUUAUCACUAAAAAGCAUUGGAUCUUUGAUAGUCUACCUAACUCCAUCUAUAAUGUCUAGAGUAAAACUGAGCAGAGACCCACAGAAAAUAGUACUGCACCUGCAACGCACCAUCGACCGAAUAAAUGACACUCUAGUCUCUUAUGUUCCUUAUUACCUGUACGAAAUCAUGGCUGUGGAAGUUUUAAAAUCAGUAAAACUACUUAUAGAGAAAACCAAGAAGAAUUACUAUCCGCAAGUGUCUAUGGCACAUUUUUUGACUGAAAUGAAUGUAGUUGUCAGCCUGACUGAAGUUGUACUCAACCCAAGGUUAAAAACCGUAGAUUUUUCACAGUGGCCCAAAAUAAUGCGAUAUGUUUUGUAUAAAAACUUAAAUAAGUUGCGAGGUUUGGAAGUUUUAAACCUAGGCUCAUGCACAGGAGGUUGGAGAACAUCAGAGCAUGACAAAAACAUCUUAGAUGGAAUUAAAAUAAUGAAAAACCUACACACAAUCUGUCUAUGUUUCGAUUGUAGUGACUUAGUUAUACAAACCUUAUCAGAAAAUUGUCCUAAUUUGCAAAACAUUGAUGUAACAUCAAGUAGAUCAGUAACAGACAGGAGUGUACCAUUUUUAUUAAAUUGUACUAAUUUAAAAGAGCUGCAACUCUAUAGGACUUCAGUGACAACAUCUGGAUUAGCAAGACUAAUCAGUGGCUUACCAAUGUUGCAAAACAUCGGCCGAAAUGAUGAAUUUAGGGAAAUAAUCUCAAAAAUUCAUCACAUUACAGGUUUGACUAGACUUGAAACUAAAGACUUGCCAACUGAAAGCUUAAGACUACUAGUCAACAUGCUUCCUAACAUCGAAUAUAUUUGCUUGUUUCAUGACAUUGUUGUUGCAGACUUAUCAGUCUUAAUUUCACUUACAAAUUUGAAGCAACUAAAACUUUUAUCUUAUGCCUUUUAUCAAGACUCUUUGAAACAACUACUAGAAAUUCAAGGCAAAAACUUCACUCAUCUUCACUUGGAACAUGUAGAAGAAAUGGACUUCAAUGUGUUAUUAAUAAUAGGAAAAUCCUGUCCCAAAAUUAAAAGCUUAGUGUUUUAUAAUUGUGAUUUUAGACAUAAUAAUCAAAAUAUCAAUGUGCAACCAAUAUUAAGUUCUAAGCCUUAUUUUCACAGCCUGGAACGCAUUUUUUGGGUUGUAGACAGUAACAUAAAUCACUUAGAAUUCAUUCUAAGCCACUCAGUAAACAUAAAAUAUAUUCAUUUGGGGUCUUCCACUGGUAUAACACACGGCAACAUUGUCAAUAUUCUAAGGGUGAAUCCUAUGAAAUGUCUAGAAGAAUUCAGGGUGUUGUAUAGCAGCGACAUGAGCAUGCGCACUGUGCAAUUGUUGCUGGCGAGUUGUACCAACCUAAAGGUGUUGUCCGAAUUGGAAAGUUGGCAAGGGAUUCGGAUGGAGGAGUUGAAAGUUUUCAAAGAACAAAUCAGGAGGAGUAAUUUUGAUUUGGAUAUAAGGCCUACUUUGUCGUUUUCUAGUUGA